UGGGAGGGGAGGCGGGAAUCGACCCAGCGGGUGCAGGGUCGCGCAGUCUCGGCUGGAGUUGUGUGCAGGUUUUCGGAAAUGGCGGUGCAGCCAAAGGAGACGCUGCAGUUGGAGGGCGCGGCGGAGGUGGGCUUCGUGCGCUACUUCGAGGGCAUGCCGGAGAAGCCGAGCACCACGGUGCGCCUCUUCGACCGCGGCGACUUCUACACGGCGCACGGCGAGGACGCGCUGCUGGCGGCCCGCGAGGUGUUCAAGACCCAGGGCGUGAUCAAGUACAUGGGUCCGGCAGGGGCAAAGACACUGCAGAGUGUUGUGCUUAGUAAAAUGAAUUUUGAGUCUUUUGUAAAAGAUCUUCUUCUGGUUCGUCAGUAUAGAGUUGAAGUUUAUAAGAAUAAAGCUGGAAGUAAGGCCUCCAAGGAGAACGAUUGGUAUUUGGCAUUUAAGGCUUCUCCUGGCAAUCUUUCUCAGUUUGAAGACAUUCUUUUUGGUAACAAUGACAUGUCAUCGUCCAUUGGCGUCGUGGGUGUUAAAAUGUCCACAGUCGAUGGUCAGAGACAGGUUGGAGUUGGGUAUGUCGAUUCCAUCCAGAGGAAGCUGGGGCUGUGUGAGUUCCCUGAUAAUGACCAGUUCUCCAACCUUGAGGCCCUUCUGAUUCAGAUUGGACCAAAGGAAUGUGUUUUACCCGGAGGAGAGACUGCCGGCGACAUGGGGAAUCUGAGGCAGGUUAUUCAGAGAGGAGGGAUUCUGAUCACAGAAAGAAAGAGAGCCGACUUUUCCUCUAAAGACAUAUGCCAGGAUCUCAACCGGUUAUUAAAAGGCAAGAAAGGAGAACAGAUAAAUAGCGCUGUCUUACCAGAGAUGGAGAAUCAGGUUGCAGUUUCAUCAUUAUCUGCAGUAAUCAAGUUUUUAGAACUCUUGUCAGAUGAUUCAAAUUUUGGACAGUUUGAACUGACUACUUUUGACUUCAACCAAUACAUGAAAUUGGACAUGGCAGCAGUUAGAGCCCUCAACCUUUUCCAGCUUGGGAACUUGAAUAGGAUAGAAUCUGAAGUCAAAACGAUAGUACUGCAGCCAAGAUUAAAUUUAGUGGAAGCUUUUGUAGAAGAUUCAGAACUGAGGCAGACCUUACAGGAGGAUUUACUUCGUCGAUUUCCAGAUCUUAACCGACUUGCCAAGAAAUUUCAGAGACAAGCAGCGAACUUACAAGACUGUUACCGAAUAUAUCAGGGUGUGAACCAGCUCCCCAGUGUCCUACAGGCUCUGAAGAAAUACCAAGGAAGACACCAGGCAUUGUUGUCGGCAGUUUUUGUGACUCCUCUUACUGAUCUUCGCUCUGAUUUUUCAAAAUUUCAAGAAAUGAUAGAAACAACUUUGGAUAUGGAUCAGGUGGGAAACCAUGAGUUUCUUGUAAAGCCCUCAUUUGAUCCUAACCUGAGUGAACUAAGGGAAGUGAUGGACGGCUUGGAGAAGAAGAUGCAGUCCACGUUAAUAAGCGCAGCCCGGGGGCUUGGAUUGGACCCUGGCAAACAGAUUAAGUUGGAUUCCAGCGCACAGUUUGGAUAUUAUUUUCGUGUAACCUGCAAGGAAGAAAAAGUCCUUCGCAACAAUAAGAACUUCAGCACCGUGGAUAUUCAGAAGAACGGGGUUAAGUUCACCAACAGUGAGCUGUCUUCUUUAAAUGAAGAAUAUACUAAAAAUAAAGGCGAAUAUGAGGAGGCCCAGAAUGCCAUUGUUAAAGAAAUCGUCAAUAUUUCUUCAGGCUACGUAGAGCCGAUGCAGACGCUCAAUGAUGUGUUAGCUCAGUUAGACGCCGUCGUCAGCUUCGCGCAUGUCUCAAAUGCAGCACCCAUUCCUUACGUCCGGCCCGUCAUCUUGGAGAAAGGAAAAGGAAGAAUUACUCUGAAAGCCUCCAGGCAUGCUUGUGUUGAAGUCCAAGAUGAAGUCGCAUUUAUCCCGAACGAUGUGCACUUUGAAAAGGAUGCCCAGAUGUUUCACAUCAUCACCGGUCCCAACAUGGGCGGUAAAUCCACAUACAUUCGUCAGACAGGGGUGAUUGUACUCAUGGCCCAAAUCGGGUGUUUUGUGCCAUGCGAGUCAGCAGAGGUGUCCAUUUUGGAUUGCAUCCUGGCUCGAGUUGGGGCUGGUGACAGUCAGCUAAAAGGUGUCUCCACGUUCAUGGCUGAAAUGCUGGAGACUGCGUCUAUCCUCAGAUCAGCAACCAAAGAUUCCUUAAUAAUCAUUGAUGAGCUGGGAAGAGGAACAUCGACUUACGAUGGGUUUGGAUUAGCGUGGGCUAUAUCGGAGUACAUUGCAACGAAGAUCGGUGCCUUUUGCAUGUUUGCAACCCAUUUUCAUGAACUUACUGCUUUGGCCAGCCAGAUACCAACCGUGAACAAUUUGCACGUCACUGCACUAACGAGUGAAGAAACCUUAACUAUGCUUUACCAAGUUAAAAAAGGUGUCUGUGAUCAGAGUUUUGGGAUUCAUGUGGCUGAGCUUGCUGAUUUCCCGCGGCAUGUAAUAGAGUGCGCCAGACAGAAAGCUCUCGAGCUUGAGGAGUUUCAGAACAUUGGAACCUCACAGGGACGCGAUGAGAUGGAGCCAGCCGCCAAGAGACGGUGCCUGGACAGAGAGCAAGGUGAGAAGAUUAUUGUGGAGUUCCUGUCCAAGGUGAAGCAAGUGCCCUUUACUGACAUGUCGGAGGAGAGCGUCAUGCUGAAGCUGAAGCAGCUGAAAGCCGAGGUGGUCGCAAAGAAUAAUAGCUUCGUGAAUGAAAUCAUUUCACGGAUAAAGGUCACAUGAGAAAGCGCCAGUGGCACGGAGAGGGCAAGGAUGAGCUCGCCGUGUGUGGCUCUGCCGUGCGUGGCUCUGCCGUGCGUGGCUCUGCCGUGCGUGGCUCUGCCGUGCUCACCCUCGGGACUGGGAGAGCGGUGUACCCAAGUUUUUAAUGAUACUUUACCUGAAAACGUCUUAAAAUAUUCUCAAGUUGAGAUCUGUAACUGGGUCUAACGGGCAUGGGCAACUUUAAGCAAUAUGGCGAAUUUUAUAAAUAAAGUCAUAUAGUUUGUA